GAAACGAAAUAUUUUGUGCUGGUCAGAUUGGAUUGAUUCCAUGCACCAUGCAACUUAGCAAAGGGGGUGUCAGAUCUGAGGCUGCACUUUCGCUGAGCCAUGUCCAAAAAGUUCUAGAAGCUAUGAAAAGUGGAACAAAUCUAAAUCAUGUCUUGCUGGCAAGCUGUUAUGUCUCAGACAAGAAAUACAUCUCCAUUGUUGAAAAGAUCUGGCAAGAAAACCUAAAAGAACACACACAAGAGGAUCAAAUUUAUGGAGAGACAAAGUCUGUUUCGGGCCUGCUAAUAGUAGCUGUGUUCCCUCAUCUACCAAAAGAUGCCGCAGUGGAAUGGCACGUCAUUGCUGUUACUGAUGAUCCCUGUGAGAGGAAAUCUUUUAUCAUAAGUAAGAAAUCUGAUGGUUAUGCAAUUGACUGUGAGGUGAUUGUGUCAAGUUUGAAGUCAAGUGCUGCUAUCUCAUUGGCUGUAAGUCUUCUGCCACCAUCAGUGAACUCUUUAAAUCUGAAGAGUAUGCUCCAUGAACUAGCUGUUGUAUUCCGGCAAGCUAUGGAUAAACUCCCUCAAGAUGUUAAGCAGCUCCCUCUGUGUUUCAAAACCUUUUACUGUGAAGAUGUCAUAGAUCCCAGCUUUGUACAAACAGAUUUGGAGAGAUUCCUAGAAGAUAUACUGGAUUUAAAGUUCCCACUGCUGAUUUUGGUGCCUGCAGCAGAUUUGCCUGGCCUAGAAAUUCUGCAUGUAUCUUGUUGGCUGAGCAGCUAAGGACUAAAGACAGGAUGGAGAAUUAUGACUUACCGGCUACUGUAAAUCCAUUUCCUCCCUUUUUUUUGAAAGAACGAAAACAAAAGCAGAAUUCCACCUGUGUUUAUAGUAGCAGAUCCAACAGCGUGCAAAAGAAAGAACUUCAAACAACACUUUGGUCAACACUGUGUCUAGAUUGUAACAAAGGGCUUCUUGUUCGUGGCCAAGUUUACGAUUAUAUUUAUUGGCAACCGAUAAAAGUAACGCAGGAGAAAGGUGUUGCGUAUUACUGGAUUUAUUAUUACUAUUAAUUUAUGGAGUCAGCCAAAGGAAAGUCAGUCAGCUUCUGUUUUAAAUCUAUGCAGAAAGCAUGAACAAUGAUGUGCCUGAAUUUUGAUAUUAAAUGUAUAAUGUACAAAAAUCUAAAGUCGUUUUUAAUUUAUAACAAUUGUUAAUUUUUUUCUCAUCUUUAUAACAUUUCCAUUACUGUUGUGUUAUUGAUGAACAACAAGUAAGUCCUCAUCUUCACUGAUAGUGCAAUUAUUUAAGGCUUAAGUCUUGACUUUUUUUAACCCCACUCAUUUACCUCCUAUGAAUUUUACACCGUGUAAGAGAGCCUGUUUCCUCAGGCAUUUGCAAACCAUUUCCCACUGGUGAUUCUUCAUGUGUGUUCCUUGAUUCUGUGUGUAGGGUGUCAUAACCAAGCUUGACCCCACUUUCACUGAUCUCAGGUAAUGCACACUCUUGUCAAGUGGCCAUAAGGGAUGAAAGUCCUCUAUGACUUCCUUCUCCAUGCCCCCAAAGAUAUUGUGGCACUUCUACCAACAUCCAAGCCAAAAUUCAGCUGAUUCAACUGAGUCCAGAAAUUAAGCAUUGGAAGGACAUUCAUGAUUUUUGUAUGUCAGCUACCCACUGUGUGAAUUCUCUAAGCCACAGAGAGCCAAUUCUGAGAUUAAUACAUGUAGCUGUACCUGUGGCUCAGCGGCACACAAAGAGAAAAAUGUUAUGAACAACCUUUGCUUUCUACUUAAUUCAGCAUUUGUACAAAAAUAGAAAGGCACUUGCCUAUUAAAGCUCAGUCUCCCUAGUGAGUCAUUUUGAUCUAGGACUUGAAAGUGUUAUGAAGCAUGCUUUAGAAGCUGUUAGAAAAGAGAUUCGUUUUCAUUGGCUUUAUAUGUUGUGUAAUAAAUCCACACAAGUUACUGCACAGGUUGAACAACUUGAGAUUUCCGAGGUAACUGAAGCUAUCUUGCUGAUGAAGAUAAAUUAUAAAUGUUCUGUUUUUGUGUGUGAAAUACCCAUUUGAUUGUUCUUUGAAGCUAUUCAAGAAUGGCCCAAGUUCACUGUCAUCGUUAGCAUAGGUACAAUAUUGUCAAGGUUAUGAUACCAAACUCACUACCCCGAAAUAAAGCAACUUGAAUCCAA